AUGGGAGUGACGGAUGAAGCUAUGUGUAGGUUCUGCCAAUCUGCAGAACAAACGACUGAACACAAAUUUAUGUCGAUUUGUGUUCGGUGCGACAGCCUGGCAAAUGUGCCGUUCUCGGUAAUAGGCAACGAUAGGCCAUUGCCAGGGAACUACAUGGAAGGUUCAGUCUCCAAUUCUCUAAAGUCUCCUGUCUUCAAGAAAAACGUAUUUUUUCGUCUAUGCAGCUGGGCCCUUUUGGAUUAUAGAACUGUGACAGUGGUCAGACAUGGAUUGGAAACUUCCCUGGAUUAUAUCGAGAAAAAUUUGUACAAGAGUAAUGUCGAUUGCAGUCUUGGAGUAGCAUUCGUUAGAGCUUUUAUGAGAGAUGCGUAUCAAAAUGGCUCGCACAUUAUGGAUAAAAGUACACAAAACAUCUUCAGUAAAAGUGCACAAAUUAUUGAACAGAGUAGAACUAUUUUCGGAAAAGAUCCAAAGAAUGGAAAUGAUUGGAAAUUUAAAUACCUAGUCGACGAAGAUAUUUGGUCCAAACGAAUGAAAUACAAACCCAAAAACCUCCUACGUCUAAAAUAUCCGAAAUUACCAGUUUCUCUUGGUAGAUCACCUAAUUUCUUUGACUAUUCCAAUACAGAUGUCUGCUUACUUGAAAUUGUCAACAAUACACAAUUCAUUCACAACAAACCCAUGCCCUGUAUGAUAUCGAAAAAAUGUUGGAACUACUUUUUAAAAGAUUGGAAAGGAUCAGGAUAUAUUCAAACCCACAAAUUACUUCUAUUGCAAAUAGCUAAAGCGCGAAAAUGCAGCAUAGAUGAAGAAUUAUAUGAAGUACAAAACAAAGAUAUUUGUUCGAUAAUACUCACAGAAAUAGUUCAUAUAAUGGAUCUUAAUAGACUUGAUGGAGUGUUUGAUUUGUUUUUAGAGCAAGUUUUGUUAUGUGGAUAUGAGGGCUACAAAGAAUUUUUCCAAAGCAACUGGCUUUAUCAUAUAAUCAAAGCCCAAAAAGGCACUGGCUGUUUUCCCGAUAAACUUGGAGACAACUUAAAAUCGCGCGUCAAAAAAGCCAUGACUUACUUUGAUGAUGGAUGCAAUGAUCACAGUACUGGACUAGGCGCUGCGGUUUUAGGGCUUUAUUAUAAUUAUUUGGUGAAAGAAUCAUUUGUGUAGAAUAUGUUAGAGAAGUACAGAGCAAAUUAAAAACCGUCUUACUGUUUUAUUACUAUAAUAACAUAAUAACCAUAACGAAUGAUAUAAUUGUU